AUGAGUGUCCAGGAUUUGUCUGCAGGACUGCAGAAAGCUACAUGCCCUGUUGAGCAAAGGCUAGCCACGAAACAAUGUUGGCUUGUUGGUGAUGCGGAGGCAACUACUUUAACAAUGGGGAAGGAAGGUCCAUUGUUGCACCCACAUGGAAGGUGGGCUAAUGGCAUAGCUAAGGCUGGGCUUAUGGGGGCUGUGGCGGCGCCUCUCUCUCCCGAUCUCACCUCAGAAAUUUUGGUGACAGCAUCUGUGUCGCUCCUUCAUCGCUCUCACGAUCUCUCGUCUGCCAGGACUUGGAUAAAAGUCUGUUGUGACUACAAUGUGGUGGCGAUUAUGGAUGAAUCUGACUCAGUGCUAGCGGUGAUAGACUUGCUGCUGUUUUGGUGGGAUUGA